AUGCCAGAGCGGUUGACACGUCCGGUGAAACGCUCCUCCACCUCCCCCUCCACAGCCAACACCCGGCCACAUAAACGACACUGCACCUUCUCUGCCAUCUCUGAGGUGGGCCAGGGAGAGAGCGAGACCAAGCACCUGCAUAAGAGGACACACUCUCUGUGUGAGGUGGAACAACAGCUAGGUGGGGAUGGUAUCAAUGCAGAACUCAUUGGAGACUUCAGCAAGGUGCAUGCCCUACCGACUGUGACAGGGAGACAUCAAGGCUUGAAGUACAUCACAGUUGACACAAUGAGUGCUCUUCUGGAAGGGAAGUCCAGCUGCUUGGUUGAGUAUUUUUCCGUGGUGGACUGCUGUUAUCCAUAUGAGUAUCAGGGAGGACACAUUAAGGGGGCUCUAAGCAUGCCCAACACAGACGAGGCAGUGGAUCAUCUACAGUCCCAGAGGCUAAAAGCCCACUCUCCUGAUAAGAGGCUUGUGUUGGUGCUGCACUGUGAAUUCUCCUCCGAAAGAGUACCCAGAACGUGUCGCCUCCUGCGCAGUGUGGACCGCAGCAUGAACAAGUACCCAGCCCUGCACUACCCUGAGCUCUACAUCCUGAAGGGUGGCUACAGAGACUUCUAUCACUCUCACAUAGACUCUGGGCUGUUGGGCUAGGCUGUGAUCAGUUUAUUUCUCACUCCCCUGGUCUCCUCUGUGUCUGUCAGGAGCACUGUGAGCCCCAGUCCUACUGCCCCAUGCACCACGAGGGCCACAGGGAGGAGCUGCUGCUGUGCUGCACACACAGCCGAGCCUCCGCUUAGGAGCGCCACAGAUGCCACCUCAUCCAAACUCUUGUCAAACUCAAACACUGAGCCAGUCGUGUCGGGGAAGAAGUCCAGGAGAAGAACAGCCACUCAGAGGGACAGCUGAGUCCAAACGGUGACCUAGAGAUUGUCAGAUUAAUUAUCCUACAGUCACAAGAACCUACUUGACUAUGUGAUAACAAACUGCCCUUUUGUUGUGUUUGUUAGCUUUCCAAAUGGAAGCCUUUUUCACAUGCUGCCAUGGAAACUAUGCACUAUGGCGAUGUUCACUGCUGCCUUUGUCCAUUUUGUUUGGAUGGCCGUGAAUUUUAAUAACAAACACUGUCCACUCAUAUUUAUUACUGCCUGCCAGUUGAACAGGAUGUGUAAUCAAUUCAUUCCACUGUAGUGUCUUUUAAUUACAGUAGAGGUCGCAGGUUAAUGGCUUUCAUUUUUCAGCUUUUCAAAUUGCUUUAAUGUAAUUUCCACAUUGCAGAGCAGAAAAUGGUGGCAUUAUUUCCAGUGUCAAUCAUGAAUGUAUGUUUUUAUUAUUAAUGGAAAUCAUGACUUCAUUUCAGCUCUUCUGAAUACCACAGUUUUUUAACCAGAGUGAAUGACCUUGCAGUUUAGGUUGAAUAGUUUUUAAUGUUUUGAUUAUAUC